GGCGGCGCGGCGGCGAGUAUACUCGUAGACAGCAAGCCUGAAUCCCCAAAAAAACUAGAGAGCGAGAGGAUUUGGAAAUCCCAGAUCUUUGAAGGAGAUGGAGGCGGAGAUGGAGAUGGAGAUCGAGAGGGACUCCCAGGAGCAGAGGAGGGUGUGGAUCGCAGACCACUCGUUGAAGCAUGCGAAGAUGCUAGCAGAGUUCGGCUAUGAUAUGCCGAGCAGGAAGACCACUAUGUCCCUGAGGAAGGAGGCCUCCACGUCCCUGAGGUUGGAAGAUGGAGGCUUGGUUGACGCUCUUUGUCGCCACCGUGAGAUCCUGAGGAGGGAAACCAACUUCUUGAUGGGGGAGGUCAAUUCACGGGCGCUUGCAACUUUAGGCGGAAGGAAGGCUUACAGGGAGUCGAUCCAACGGGAGAACAAUGUCGCCGUCGCUCUUCUCCGAUUCGUUCGCCUCAAGAACGGUCGACUUGGUGGGGGUGAGCUUGCCCCACUUUGUCACCAGCCAUGAGGAGUCCCUGGAUCUUCUCUUGCGCGAGUCGGAUCAUCUGGGCCGCCGGAUCCAGUCUCUGGCGUCCAUAAUGAGGAAAUUUGAUAUCCCCGUCUCCUCCGACAAGCCCAAAAAGCUGCUGUUUCUCAUGUCACGCGCAGCUGUGAUAAUCUCCAAGACUAUGAAGAAUUAUUCCAAGGAGGAUGCUACUUCUUCAAAGCUUCUUCACCGUGCCCACUGGGAAUCUAUAUGGGGCAGUCAGAUGGCAAGCCAUGGUGUCUUCGAUGAUAUAACCACACUGAGUCCUAUGCAAUUCACGCCAUCCACACCUGGUAUUACUCCCUACUCUGCUACCACCUGCCCAGCAUUGCAGAUCUACUCUAUCAAAAUUGUUGACCUCAACGUCAACUUGAGCUGGCCGCUCCGAGUGUACGGUGUUGUCGCCGCCAGAGACACUGUGGACCGCAACCGCAACCUUCUCUUCUACCGGUCCAGGGCUAACUACCAAUUAGUCGAGAAAGAUGUAUGAUCCUUUUUUGCGCUUGACUGGCCCGUCUCGCGCAAUUUUGGCCAGCAACCCUGUGACAUUUGAAGUUGAACUAAAAACUGUGUAUCCUGGAGCGGAGCCGGAUCCCCAAGGCGCAUUGCUCUCUUGCGUCUAUGAUUGGCGCGCCGUGCAGGAUACCACCCCUAUGUUCCUUGGCUAUGCUUGUUCUGCACAGUUAAGCCUUGAGCAACUUCCUAGAGCAAUCCAGGCCACUAUCAUGGGUGUCCACAUUGUUGAUGGCUCAUGGCCUCCUAAAUAUGGAUGCCGGGUUUCUUGCUCCUUGUCUGCUCCAGAUGAUCCCACUCCUAGGGAAGUGUUGUUGCUUGAUUGUUCCCGUUCUGAUGCUGAAAAAAAAAAGCCCUGUUGGAUCAGAUGGCUACUUUGGUCUGGCAAGGAAUGUUGUUUCAGCUGAACUACAAUCAACACUGAAAGUUGUCAUACAAGCCCAGUCGUGGAGGCAUGGUGGUGCACAGGGUCAUGUCGAGUUCCCUGUCCAACAAUACUGCCAAACAAGCAAGGGUUCAUGUGUUGUAGGCAUGUGUAAGGUCGAGGUUGUUGUUGCUUGGUCCCUCCUUGUCGAGAACAAGCUGAAUCUCAUGCUUUGAGACGUGAGAUCUACUAUGUAAGAGUCAGCUCUAGCUUGCGACUCAUCUUGACCCAGAUAUUCGUGUACUGACUAUUAGCUUAUCUUGUGAAACAUUGUUAUGCUGGUGGUUUGCUAGCAUGUUAAGCAUUUCUGUUCGGACCAACUAUGUAAGAUGUUGAGUAUCAGUUCUGGUUUCUGUCAUCCAACUAUAUAUAACUUGUAUGUCA